CUGCAACCAGAAUAAGCUCAGUGUUUCUAACCAACUACCCAGCACACAAACCAUGCAGCUUAUACAGGACAGGAUAACUUAACUAUAAUAAAAAUGGAGUUUAAAUUGACAAAAGGCAUGACUGCCUUGGCUUUAUGUGUGCUGAAUCUAAUUCUGUUUCCUGACAAUGUUCAGGGAAUGGAUAUUGAUGGAAACUGGAGUCCUUGGUCAAGUGUCAAGGGGUUCUGUGUAAACCCUGAUAACCCCCUGGCUUUGGUUAGUUGCGGUGGUGGAGUAAUGAAGAGAUAUAGAUCUUGUACUAAUCCCUCUCCUCAAGGAGCAGGAGCAGUGUGUGCUGGAAGCAAUACUGACUCAACGCCAUGCAAUACUAAUCCUUGUCCGCUCCCAGUGGAAUUCAUGUGGUCGGAGUGGUCAGAGUGUUCUGCAAGAUGUGGACGAGGUCAGCAGAGAAGGUAUAAAAUGUGUGGAGGCAUACGGAAGAGAUUACCUGAAAUGACCGCAGGACAUGGGGAUAAUGCAAUACGUCCAACAGAAGCUCCUGUUCUGAUUCCUGGAGCAACAGCACCACCAGCAGGAGCAGCAGCACCGGCAGCAGCAUCUUCUCUACCAGGUGGUAAAACGUGGAUAGAUUUAUGGGAGCUUGAGCUGAGUAGCCCCUGUAUUGAUCAACCACCUCUAGAAAUGAAAGAUAAUGAGAAUCAAACCGUGCGCGACUGCAACACAUGGAAGUACUAUGGGCCCGAACAACCUGAUCUCUGGAACCACACUAAUUGCCCGGAUCCUUGUAGUAUUUACAAGUGUCCCAAGUUUAGUAAGUGUGACACCAAACUUAGUACUACUGAAGAUCCAGUGCUAAGAUGUACAUGUCAAAUGGGGACUGUUAUGAAGUCUGACAACAGUUCUUGUAUUGUACCACCUCCUACAACACCGACACCAAGGCCUAUACCAACCCUGCCUGCUGCAACUAAAGCAGUAACAGGAGCCGUUUCCAGAACAGCCUCUACUCUUAUAAUUAUAUUCUUGACAAUAACAAUUGUACUUUUCUUAAUCUUUAGAAUAUUUGACCCGCACAGAAUAAUUCAGAUGUGUGAAGAAAUAUCUUUACUUGCAGCACAUAUAUGCCUGUUUCCAACAGCUUAUGCUAAACCUGUACCCGUAGAGUGUAGGGUCCUAUCUAUCCUUGUUCAUUACUUUUUCACAGUUUGCUUCACCUUCAUGCUCCUGGAGGCCACACAUAUGUAUGCAAUGGUAGCCAGUGUGGUUAAACAGAAAGGUCUGCUGUCCACAAAACAAAACCUGGUUGUUGGUUGGGGGGUGCCAGCAUUUAUUGUUCUUUUUAACAUGUGCUUUGAAUAUGAGAACUAUGGGGCAGUUUACCACUGUUGGUUAACCAUGGAUACCGGAUUACUAUACGGACAGUUUGUUCCGAUAGUAGUGAUGGUAGUGUCUACCUUUACACUGAUAGAAGCUGCUGGAGCAUCUGAAGAGUAUCCUCCUCUAAAGGAUUGUGACGAGGUAGACCGAACUACAGCUAAAAUCAGUCAGAGGACCCUUCUCAUCAUUCUACCAUUAGUAUUCGCAUCCUUUGUUACAGGAGCUCUUUCAGAAUACGAACAACAAGUUCCGCUUUACGGAACAUUUACUAUCCUAAAUGGUGUUGUGGGAGGAACAAUGUUCUUUUUCCAUGUGACCAGUCAUCCCAAGACAAGAGCAUUGGUCACCAAGGUUACAAGCAGUCUUUGUAAGAAAAAGAAGUAAUCAUUGGAAAAAACACAAGAUAAUUACUAUUUUUAAACUAUACUGGAUUAAAUAUAUUUCUUUUUUGAUUGUGAAAAAAUGACUGUAAUUACAUAAUA